AUGAAGGUAUCAAUGCAGGCUGUGGCAGUGUGGGGGAAAAUAGCUCCCUCUCACAGCAUCACAGCCAUUAUGAUUACAGAUGACCAGCAGACAAUUGUUACAGGAAGUCAAGAAGGGCAAAUAUGUCUCUGGGAUCUUUCAUCAGAAUUAAAGGUUUCAUCUAAAGAAAUUCUGUUUGGCCAUACUGCUUCUGUAACUUGUUUGGCAAAAGCAAGGGACUUUGAAAAACAGCCAUAUGUAGUAAGUGCUGCUGAAAAUGGGGAGAUGUGUGUUUGGAAUGUGGCUAGUGGACAGUCCGUUGAGAACGCAAAGCUUCCUUAUAGGCAUACAGCAAUCUGUUAUUACCAUUGCUCAUUCCGAAUGACAGGUGAAGGCUGGCUGCUUUGUUGUGGAGAAUAUCAAGAUGUUCUUAUUAUUGAUGCGAAGACUUUGAGUGUUCUGCACACUUUAACAUCUUCUCAGUAUUCUGAUUGGAUCAGUUGUAUGUGUAUUGUUCACUCUACAAGAAUUCAAGAAGACUCAUUGGUGGCAGUGUCCAUAGCUGGAGAUCUUAAAGUAUGGGACUUGUCCUCAUCGUUGAGUAGCAUACAGGAGAGACAGAGUGUGUGCGAGAAGGAAUCUAAAUCUUUGGGCUGCGUAAACUGCCGAGCAAUACGUUUUUGCAUUUACACAGAGAGGCUUCUUCUAGUUGUGUCUUCCACGUGUUGGCAGGUCUACGAUUAUUGUGACUUUUCUUUGCUGUGUACCGAACUCUGCAAAAGCGGUCAGUGCUUUGCUGGUGGAGAAGUACUAGCAGCUUACAGACUUAUCAUCUGGACAGAAGAUGGUCACAGCUACAUCUACCAGCUGCUGAACAGUGGGCUUUCUAAAGGCAUAUAUCCUGCUGAUGGAAAAGUGCUGAAAGAAACAGUUUUUCCUCACUUGCUCUGCUCUACUGGUGUGAAAGAAAAUAAGAGUUUCCCCUUUGUUAUGGGCUUUAUGAAUGAAAGGAAAGAACCUUUCUAUAAGGUUCUCUUUUCUGGUGAAGCUUCAGGAAGAAUCACCUUGUGGCAUGUUCCUGAUGUCCCUGUUUCAACAUUAGAUGGUUCACCAAAAGAGAUCCCAGUUACAGCAACUUGGACUUUACAGGAUAAUUUUGAUAAACACCAUUCAAUGUCGGAGGGCAUUAUUGAUUAUCUCUGUGCAUUUGAAGAUGGAAAUGAAAAUGCAGUCAUCAGUUCCUCUAUAUACAUACCCACUCUUGAUAAGCUGGUUUGUGGAUGUGAAAAUGGGAAGAUUUUUGUAACUCUAGCUUUAAAAACUUUAAGAGCAAAACUUUUAGAAAACACAUCUGUGUCGAAAGAUAAUCUACCUUACAAAGUUCUGAAUGGUCAUAGUAGCAGAGUAACGUGUUUACUUUAUCCACAUGAUAAACUGGCAAGAUUUGAUCCAAGCUGGUUGUUAUCAGGAGGCCAGGAUUCUGUUGUGAUCUGCUGGCAUAUAUUUACUGGAGAAAUUUUACACCAGUUUGCUCUUCACUCUGGUCCAGUGACAGAACUGUUGCAACCUCCAGAAAAUUACAGAUUAAAAGAUCAGAGUGUUGUGUGCUGUGUGUGCAGGGAUCACUCAGUAGCAGUUCUACAUCUUCAGGAGGGUGUGUGUCUCCUGCAUGCAAGAAAGCAUCUCUUUCCUGUGAAGAUGAUAAAAUUGGAUGCUGUUGAGAAUCUUCUAAUUGUUGGAUGUGAAGAUGACUCAGUUUAUAUUUGGGAAAUCGAAACAGGUACCCUAGAACGACAUGAAACAGGUGAAACAGCAAAAGCCAUUCUUGCUUCCAUUGACGAAUCAGAAUAUUUAAUGGCAGGUGCUCUGCUUCCUAUAUCUCAAGAUUCAAGAAGGCAUAAAGAUACCCCAUCCAAGUUCUCUAGCUCUUACAAGCGUGGCAUGGUCUCUCACAAUCUUACUCAUACAGAGAAAACUUCUGGUAAGCUGCCUGAUACUGGUCACAUCCAACAGUCCUUUACUGUGUUACCCCUGAAGACAAAAUGGAACAAUAUAAACUUUCAUGUUCUCUUAUUUGAUCCGGAAAGACUUGUUGAACUGCUGACAUCUCAACUCAGUGCAUUAAAGCCAUCAGAUUCAUUCCAUGGCUCUGACACCCUACAAAGAGUCAAAAGUACUGCUGAAAAAAGGUCACGGACAUUAAAAAGAAAUAAAACUGCUGGCUCUAUAUGUGCAGUAAAUGGGCAAGUAAAUACUGUUUGUGCAAACCAGAUCCACAUAGAUAGUUCAGUUAGACCUUUGGAAGAAAGUGGUGGGAUGAAGAGACAUAAAAAAACGAAGGUUUCAAGAAAAAAUAAACCCCAGCCACUAGGAAAUGUUGAUGUGAACAUCACCGAUGCAGCUAAGCUGCUUUUGUCAUGUCUCUUUCCAUGGGGUGUAGAUGAGGAAAUAGACAAUCUCUGUGUUAGUUACUUAGAUAUCUUGAGGCUCCAGUGUCCAGUCUCUUUUGGACUUGUGUCAAAUGAAAAUUACAUAUCACUGAUGUUGCCAGGAUGGAAUUGUCCUGAUUGUAGUGGGCUGGAGGAACGUGCCAUAUUCAACCUGUUUUCAAAAAGAGUGCUUAAUUUAGCAAACAAGUUCCUUUCUGCAACUGAAGGACAAACUGGAAAGAAGGAUGGACCAGGCAAUAAUAAUCAUGGCUCACAAGGAUCAGAAACUGUGUUCUUAUUAAGCAGAAUAGCUUUAAUCACCAGGAUACUAAAUGUGCCUUUGGACAUAACAAAUGAAAUGGAAAGUCCACAGAAAUCGGAGUCCGUACAUAACAAGUGGCGAAAUGUGGAAGCCAUCAGCUCUUCGUUCCCCAGUUUUUGUGCAGAUUUACCAAGCAAUAAAAGCAGAUUUAAUGCCCCUGAUUUUGAGAAUAUUUCACUGGUGAAACUCAUUCUUUGUUGGAGUGAUCAAUCUAUAAAGGUUAUUGAGGCAGUGCAAGCCAUGCUGCUGGCAGAAGUUCAAAGGACUAUGAAAACUUUGAAAAAGACAGCAGUGUGCAGAGAACCGCUGCCCAUGCUAGAGAAUGGAAAUGUUCGGGUGCCGAAGCAGGACACAAGCUCAAACUCAGCAAACUUCCAAGAUGCGGAGGAUACGCCUGACAGAUGUGUCUUGGAGGAGUCUGAGAGUCCAGAUGACCUGAAGCCACAUCCUUGGAUAUCUAAAGUGUGCUCCUGCAAGGUGUGUUAGAAAAUCCUGCUUAGCCGAAAGAGUU